UCGCGCCCCGGGCCCGCCGCCCAUGCCACCUGCCCUCCGCUGCCGCUCCCCGGGCCGGGCCAGCGGCGCAGCGCGGGGGGGCCGCGGGCCGCUCUAGGAGCGAGGCGGCGGCGGCAGAGCGCGGAGCGGGCGCGGAAGGAUCCCACAGCUGCUUAGAUACUGUCAGAGACCCUGCAACUGUCUCCGCUCCAGUGGACCUGCUUCCACAGCGCAGCGAGCGGAGCACUCCGUCUGUCUCCUCCCAAAAGAGAAGUUUGCAGGAAAGCUGCAGACCUGCUCUUGGACCCUCGAAGGCCAGGCCUGCAGCUUGAAGGUAGUCGUUAAGCCGGUCUGCAGAGACAAAUAGCAGAAAGCAGUUUGUGUUCAUCACUCUGCAGUUCAAACUUUAAGGAUGGCGGACACAGACCUUUUUAUGGAAUGUGAGGAGGAGGAGCUGGAGCCAUGGCAGAAAAUCAGUGAUGUGAUUGAAGAUUCUGUUGUUGAGGAUUAUAACUCAGUUGAUAAAACUGCUACGGCUGGCAAUCCUCUUGUUCAGCAAGGUGGACAGCCGCUGAUCCUUACGCAGAAUCCAGCCUCAGGUCUGGGCACAAUGGUAACCCAGCCAGUAUUACGACCUGUACAGAUCAUGCAGAAUGCCAAUCACGUCACGAAUUCUCCAGUGACCAGCCAGCCGAUCUUCAUAACGACCCAGGGUUUUCCUGUGAGGAAUGUGCGGCCUGUGCAAAACACAAUGAAUCAAGUUGGAAUUGUUCUGAAUGUACAGCAAGGUCAAACAGUUAGACCCAUCACCCUAGUCCCAGCCCCAGGUACCCAGUUUGUUAAACCAACAGUUGGCGUUCCUCAGGUGUUCUCUCAAAUGGCCCAGGUGAGACCAGGUACAACCAUGCCGGUCCGACCCACCACCAACACUUUCACUACGGUCAUUCCAGCCACGCUUACCAUCAGGAGCACAGUACCACAGUCCCAGGCACAACAGCAAAGUAAGUCCACUCCCAGCACCUCCACAACUCCUACUUCAACGCAGCCAACAACACUUGGACAGUUAACUGUGCAGCAGCCAGGGCAAUCCAGUCAAGCUACUAACCCCAAAUUAGUGAGUAUUGCAAGUUUUGUGACUGUAAAGAGACCUGGAGUGACCGGCGAGAACAGCAACGAGGUUGCGAAGCUAGUGAAUACUCUGAACACCAUUCCUUCGUUAGGCCAGAGCCCUGGCCCGCUUGUGGUGUCCAACAGCAGCCCUGUGCAUGGUUCCCAGAGAUCUAGUGUUUCAGAGUCGUCGUCAUCAUCGUCAUCGUUAAAAGUCAGUUCAUCUCCUAUUCCCACAUUUGAUUUGCAAGAUGGUGGCAGGAAGGUCUGUCCAAGAUGUGAUGCUCAAUUUCGAGUCACUGAAGCUUUAAGAGGACAUAUGUGUUACUGCUGCCCUGAAAUGGUUGAAUUCCUCAAGAAAAGAAAAUCUCUAGAUUCUGAACCAAACAUUCAAUCUGCAAAGCCUCCAUCUCCAGAAAAAACUACAGCUGUUGCUUCACCGCCCUCUUCCACUCCUAUCCCUGCGCUGUCCCCACCUGCUAAAGCUCCAGAGCCAAGUGAAAACGUAGUUGACUCAUCCCAAAGUAAGCUUAUUAUGUUAGUAGAUGAUUUCUACUAUGGCAGAGAUGGUGGCAAAGUGAGUCAGCUACUGAACUUCCCCAAGGUUCCAACUUCCUUCAGGUGUCCGCACUGCACCAAGAGGCUAAAGAACAACAUAAGAUUUAUGAAUCACAUGAAGCACCAUGUUGAACUGGAUCAGCAAAAUGGAGAGGUAGAUGUCCACACCAUCUGUCAGCACUGUUACAGGCAGUUCUCCACUCCAUUUCAGCUACAGUGUCACUUAGAGAAUGUCCACAGUCCCUAUGAGUCAACAACAAAGUGCAAGAUUUGUGAAUGGGCAUUUGAGAGUGAACCAAUGUUCCUACAGCACAUGAAGGACACUCACAAGCCUGGGGAGAUGCCCUAUGUUUGUCAGGUCUGUCAAUAUCGUUCAUCGCUCUAUUCUGAAGUGGAUAGCCACUUCCGAAUGAUCCAUGAAGACACGCGGCACCUGCUCUGUCCUUACUGUCUUAAAGUCUUCAAGAAUGGCAAUGCUUUCCAACAGCAUUUCAUGAGGCAUCAGAAGAAGAGUGUUUACCAUUGCAACAAGUGUAGACUCCAAUUCCUGUUUGCCAAGGAUAAAAUUGAACACAAGCUGCAGCAUCAUAAAACUUUCAGAAAGCCCAAACAAUUAGAAGGAUUGAAACCUGGAACCAAGGUUACAAUCAGGGCAUCUAGAGGACAGCCACGGACAGUGCCAAUAUCUUCAAAUGACAUGUCGCAGGGCACUGGACAGGACAUCACUCCGCUGUCAUCGUCUACAGAUCCCCAGCCCAUCUUCCUGUACCCACCUGUCCAGAGGAACGUCCAGAAGAGAGCGGUCAAAAAAAUGAGUGUCCUGGGGAGGCAGACUUGCCUGGAGUGCAGCUUCGAAAUCCCUGACUUCCCAAACCACUUUCCUACCUACGUUCACUGUUCGCAGUGCCGUUACAGCACUUGCUGCUCCCGAGCUUAUGCCAACCACAUGAUCAACAACCAUGUUCCCCGGAAGAGUCCAAAAUACUUGGCUUUGUUUAAAAACUAUACUGCCUGUGGUGUAAAGCUGUCCUGUUCCUCCUGUCUCUUUGUAACAUCUGAGGGCGAUGCAAUGGCCAAACAUCUGGUCUUCAAUCCAUCACAUGAGUUUAGUAAUAUUAUUUUCCGAGGGCCUUCUUGGAUAUCACAUUCCAGGCAUGUUCAGCCCCAGGACAAAAGCAUGAAGAAUACAUGCUCUGCCUAUUCCCCAAGUAAAGCUGCUACUGUGAAAACAAAGUCUACGUUACCUGCGAAAGAUGACCUGGAGCCUGAGCUGACACCAGCAGCCUACAACAGGCCUCUGGUCUGCCAGGAAGAGGAGUGCUUAAAUAUUGAUGCUCAAGAAGAUGAGCAGCCAACAAAGGAGCCUGAACCUGCAAGCAAAAAGGAGCAGCUGUCAGUAAAGAAGCUGCGAGUCGUACUGUUUGCGUUGUGCUGCAACACUGAACAGGCAGCAGAGCACUUCCGAAAUCCUCAGAGGCGAAUCAAGCGCUGGCUACGGAGGUUUCAAGCUUUCCAAGAAGAGAACUUGGCAUCCCUGUCGGAGGGCAAGUACCUCAGCUUAGAGGCUGAAGAGAAGCUAGCGGAAUGGGUCCUCACACAGAGAGAGCAGCAGCUGCCUGUAAACGAGGAGACUCUCUUCCAGAAAGCCACCAAGAUUGGCCGAUCCCUCGAAGGUGGCUUCAAGAUCUCCUACGAGUGGGCCGUGAGGUUCAUGCUGCGGCACAACCUCAGCACGCACACUCGGAGGGCAGUGGCUCACCCGCUCCCCAAAGAUGUCGAGGACAAUGCCAGUUGCUUCAUCGAGUUUGUGCAGCGGCAAAUCCACACUCAAGACCUGCCUCUCUCCAUGAUUGCGGCCAUCGAUGAAAUCUCUCUCUUCCUCGAUGUGGAGGUGCUGAGCAGCGACGACAGGAAGGAGAAUGCUCUGCAGACAGUGGGAACUGGGGACCCCUGGUGCGACGUUGUUCUCACGAUUCUCGCCGAUGGAAGCGUUCUCCCAACACUGGUCUUCUACAGGGGCCACGUCCAGCAGCCUGCCAACGUGCCAGAAUCGAUCAUGUUGGAAGCAAAGGAGAACGGAUACAGUGACGACGAAGUCAUGGAGUUGUGGGCGACCAGAGUGUGGCAGAAGCACACAGAGUGUCAGAACAGCAAGGGCAUGCUUGUGCUGGAUUGUCACCGAACGCACCUAUCGGAAGAAGUACUUUCCUUGCUGAGUGCCUCCAGCACUCUGCCGGCUGUUGUCCCUGCUGGCUGCAGCUCCAAAAUCCAACCUCUAGAUGUUUGUAUAAAAAGGACUGUGAAAAAUUUCUUGCAUAAAAAGUGGAAAGAGCAAGCCAAGGAGAUGGCGGACUCCACGUGCGAUUCGGACAUUCUUCUCCAGCUGGUUUUAUGCUGGCUGGCAGAGGUCCUGGAAGUCAUUAGUGACUCUCCUGAACUUGUGCAGCAGUCCUUCCUGGUGGCCAGUGUGCUGCCAGGUCCGGACGGCACGGCCAACUCGCCCACACGCAAUGCCGACAUGCAGGAGGAGCUGAUUGCCUCUCUGGAGGAGCAGCUGAAGCUGAAUGGUGAGCAGCAGCAGCAGGCGGCGACCGAGGUCCAGGAUCGGACCCAGGCCGAGGAAUCUGCUGACCCAGAAAUCCUCCAUCAGCUCUUCGAAGGGGAAAGUGAGACUGAAUCAUUUUAUGGCUUUGAAGAUGCUGAUUUGGAUCUGAUGGAAAUCUGAGCACUGAUCUGCGAAUCGUGAUCCAGAAAGGGUUAUUUUUUAAAUAAAUGUUGGAUGAGACCAUUACACUUCCCUGUGGAUUUGUGGGUUUAGGAAAUUUGUAGGCGAUCACUCAGAUAAAUAGCCAUUUAUGCUGUUCAUUUAUAAGUUUUGUGCUUUUUUAAAAGAAAAAUCACUGUGUUGGUAUUUUCUGAAAAUAUAUUGUGGGUGAAUAUUUUUGCGUUUUCUUUACCUCACUGUAUCAUAGUUUUCUGUUUUUAUUGUGCAGAAAUGUUUUGAAUUAUACAUUGUCAAUGUGACCAUUUCUAAAGAAAGGAAAAAAUAUGUAGCUAAUGAACCAGUAUAUAAACCUUUUUGGUUGUCUUAACACAGACUUUUUUUUUUUAACACUUGACCCAGAGAUUUAGGUUUCUGUGGUAAAUUUAGGUAUGAAUGAUUGCUUUAAUGUGUGAACCUCCUAUAAUUGGCCAUUAAGAUUUGGUUUGGGUUUGUUUUUUGUUUUGUUUUUUCUUUUUUUUCCUUUAAAGAAGACUAAUUAUUUUGCUUGUGAAUUUGGACAUGGGGUAAAAACACAAGCAAAAGAAUUUUGCCUGUUCAAUGCCAGCAAUGAUACUUUGAACGGGGGCUGAAGUGAGACGUGCAGUUAGGGAGUCAGGUGCAGUGCUGCCACAAACCUGCGGGGUUUGAGCUGACUUUCUGACACUGCGAUGGUUCCUUUCCUCCAGCCGGGAAACCAUCCGACACCCACCUUGCUCCAAAGAGUUACUGACAGAGGGUACACGAUGGAAGAGGAAAGUCAAGUCUGUCUUGAUCUUCCUGUACAGUAGAUGGGAGUUAAAGCUGUAUGGACCAUUAAGCGUUGAGCUUUUAACUACUAGUAGUUGAUAAACCUGCUUUAACCAGUGGCAUCAGACACUACGUUCCUUAGAAUUAGAAAUCUGAUUUAAUGAAACAAACUGUGACGUGCACAAAAAGAAGACGUUUGUUUUUAUUUUUCACUGCCAGCUUAAAUUUUUCUACAAUUUGCAUGUUUGAGGGUUUUUUAAUUGUAUGUAUUAUGGUAUAAACGGAAAGCAUUUUGACAUACAGAAUUCAGAAGCACCUGCACCUUUCUGUUUCCAUAGAGGUUUUGUGAACCUUCCCUAUUACCUAAGGAAAGCAGGAAGCAGCAUGUGCAGACCUGUAAAUGGUUCAUCUUUAAAAUGUACAUAAGUGGAACAUUUAAUAAAACCAGGGAAAUGGAUUUAUAAACAUGUGUUUUUAUUAUGAAGAACUAUUUAACUCUUGUGAUACCGUAAUGCUUAAUGUAAAGUACAUAAAGAAUUCUCUGAGGAGUGCAGGAGCGCGAGGCUGGCACGUGAGCUGUACUUCAGAGCUGGGGCCAGGUCGCGGACUGGAUUCCCUCUGUUCUUUUGAAGGGGACACAGAGUUGUUUAGCAUGUCCUGAGGAUACCCAGAGAUGGGAUAGUAAUUAAAUGUGUUUACAUGUCAUUAACACUUGAGGCAGAAUUCUGCCCAAUUUACAUUUCUGCAGACCCUACUUGCCCUUUAACUAUAUAGUAGGUUAAACAGAACAACCUACUCUCCUGGUUUGAGUUUUUUUAAAAAAUAAAAUUCUGAAAAGUCAUUAAUAAAAUACUGAACGAAGAUUUUACUGCAUUUUAUUCUUUCUUUGAGGAUUGCCCACACUCUCAAGUGAGAGCUUAAUGGUUCAAGUUGUUAGGUAGUAGUAAAUACCAGUCUUAAAUACCUUCACGAAUAAUCACAAAGCUAAGAAAUACCGAAUAAUGGCUGAAUUGGGUAGCAAAGCACAUGUAACACCAUUUUGUUACUAUCCUCCUGUAGCACUAGCUGAAUGGGAACCAGCAGGGGCUUUGCAGGAGGUACUGCAGCCUCGGCUGCACACAGCCUGCUGUAGGAUGAUCGACUGCCUUUGAUUUUCAGAGCCCUUGAAGCCCUGGAUCUGCUGUCAGCAGGUAGAGCUGUAGGAACGUAGCUGGAUCUUAAUUACUCUGACCAUUAAGAUUAGAGGAGACACUAAAGCAACAGAAGUCAACCUUCCUUUCAUUUUUUCCCCUCUGUGCUUUGAACUGAAGCCUUUAAUAGGCACCGAAGGCUUGAGAGUGCCUAGGAUAAGCAAAAUGUGGGCGUCUGUGAAAAGGUGUUCAUAAAAUGGCCUGGUAGAUUGCACCUUAGAGGUAUUACUUUUUAUAUCUUAAAACUGCCCCAUGAGCUAAAGUGCUACAGCUGGGGUUGGAGGAGUUAACACAGCUGUCAAAUGCAUGCUUGUAGUGGGAUAGGAGAGCAGCGUAGGAACCUCUAAAAUUGCAAUCUAAGUCUGGAAAUGUUGCUGUACCCUCGGGGUUCCACUUUCUUUUUGUCCAACCCAUCACAAUGCUGCUCAGCAUGCUGGCCGAGCUGUAACUAGCUGGCUGCAGCAUGCAGCCUCCAGCCCCUUGUGCUUGCACGGUAACACCUGGUGCCUGGAAGACCAAUUUCUUUGAAACUAAGCAGGAGGACCUAUACCAUUUCUUGACUCUUACUGUUGGCAAAUACUUUUCUUACAGAAGACAUCUUUAAAGACAUGUUUUCAUUCUGUUCACAGGUGGCUUUUAUAAGGUGACUGAGGCUUUUUACCUGUCCAGAUCAGAAUUCUUGGAUGUCUGGAUUACAAGUGAGAGCAGGAGAAACAUGGUACGUGCUGCACCUUAGGUUACAGAAAUACCCCACAGGAUUAAAGUGUGUUACAUACUCAAUUACAGAUGUCAUAGUCCGGUAGAUUUUUGUUUUAUUAGGGCAAAUUGUAAUGGGAUAAUUGGAUUCAGUACUACUACCUUGCACCUCAGAAACCUUUACUAAAACAGAAGUGGAAAAAGCAUUGUCAGCUCUAGCAGAGAUGAGAUCGUGGGUGCUAAUUAGAGGUGGUUAUGGAGUACUUUGACCCACACUCUCACACACACAAGCGCUAUCUGAGAAAGGGACUGCCAAGUCAGAUACACGAGGAAGAGGAGAGUGUGUUCAGGCUUAAUGGAGUACAGUACCUACCAGAACCCCAUUGGAGCAAAGAGCAAAACCACUUUUUUCUUCCCUGGAGAAGGGCAACAAAAAGGACUUGCAGCUUUCUGCAGC